AUGACCCUGCUGAUUCUCUCAAGCUCUCCUUUUGCUCCCGGCAGAGGUGCCGCUACAACACCCGUUUUCCAGCCUCCUUCGACUAGCCCGCUCAUCACCUUGACAUCUAGACAUGACAUACAAGGCUCCGCCAUUCAGCGCAUACGUUCCUUCGAUACGUACCCGUCUGGAUGGGAAGAUGAGUCUCGGGACCUGGACAUCCGAAUGAAUGGAAGUGAUGCUCACCGACGCCAGGCGUCGUCUCGUGUAACUUUGUUCGCUUCAUUCCGGAUCGAGAUGGCCAGCUUUGUAGAUUUUCCGAAUGUAAGCACCAGGACUUCUAAGGGUGGCGAACGACCCGGCGAGCCAAUGCACAAAAUCACGUCUCCCCGUACGGUCACCGGCAUUGCCCUGGAUACGGAGGCCGUAACACAGUCGCACAAUACGCGGAACUCGCGGAGCAAGUCCAUCGAUACGCAUUCCUGCUCGGCGGCGUUAAUAAGCGGAUACGUCGAACGCUGUCAUCGUUGCGAACAGCAAGAGCGCAAUAAUCGCGGGAUCCUGACCGGCUCGCGCGACCAGAUCGAGGUAUGUAUCUCACUGAGAGAGCGAGGCGGCAACAGAGAUGCGCAGGAUCGGUGGUGCGGAACGGGCUGGGGUGCGCCGACAGACGGGACAAUCCAACCCGUCGUGCCAGGCUCCGCACUCCUUGUGAAGACGAGAGAAGAGCCACUUCGCGGUGCUGUCGGCACAGAAGUUAUGCCCGAAUCCGCAACUGGAUGGUUUAUUGAACAGGGACAGGCCCUAAGAAGGAUGCCAGUAUGA